GCGGCCCCCGCCGCUACCGGCGCGCAGCAGCCUGCCGGCAGCCGGUGCCCGCCGGGCGGGGGCAGUGGCCUGUGCGCGGCUCCCUUCCCUGGCCCCGCCCGGAAGUGUUGGCCAGGAGGGGACCUCGAUUAGCGGCGCGACCUAACGGGCGAGGCUCCCCUCGGGAGGACGCUGGUGGCCCCCCGAGUCCCCGGCCGCUUCUCGCUAUGCUCUUCCGCUUCGGCAUAGUGCUGCCUGCCCGCAUGACGGAGGGCGGCGGCGAGCUCCUGCUGGCCGGUUCGCGGCCGGAGCUGGGCCAGUGGGACACGCAGCGUGCUGUGCCCAUGAAGCCAGCGCGGCCGACAGCCCCGCUGCCGGCCCAGGAGCCUGCGCUGUGGUUGGCGGAGGUUGUGCUAUCAGACGAGGACACCGCCAGCCCCUUCUGGUACAAAUUCCUCCGGCGACAGGGAGGCGACCUACUCUGGGAAGGUAAUGGGCCCCACUAUGAUCGUGUUUGUGUUUACAACCAGAGCAACGUAGUAGAUGGAGUUUACUGCCUCCCAAUAGCACACUGGAUUGAAGUCUCUGGACAUACCGAUGAGAUGAAACAUACAACUGACUUCUACUUUAAUAUUGCAGGACAUCAGGCUAUCCAUUACUCCAGAAUUCUGCCAAACCUCUGGCUGGGAAGUUGCCCUCGGCAGCUGGAGCAUGUGACUGUCAAGCUGAAGCAUGAGUUGGGUGUUACAGCUGUGAUGAACUUCCAGACCGAAUGGGACAUCGUUCAGAAUUCCUGGGGGUGCAACCGCUACCCAGAACCCAUGAGCCCUGACAUCCUCAUGAGGCUGUACAAAGAGGAAGGCAUUUCCUAUGUCUGGAUGCCAACCACAGAUAUGAGCACUGAAGGAAGAAUACAGAUGUUGCCACAAGCCGUUUGCCUCUUGCACGGGCUUCUGGAGAAUGGACACACUGUCUACGUUCACUGCAAUGCUGGUGUUGGCAGGUCUACAGCUGCUGUCAGUGGCUGGUUGAUGUACGUGCUGGGAUGGAGCCUGAGGAAAGUGCAGUACUUCUUGGCUUCCAGGAGACCAGCUGUCUACAUAGACGAAGAUGCACUGAACCGUGCAGAAGAUGAUUUCUACCAGAAGUUUGGGCACCUUCGUUCCUCAUACAAAAUACAGGAGUAGAAAAGUAGAAGAGGAGAACAAAGUUGAAAACGAAUCCUUACGUUUGCACCCCAAGGACUUGGAAAUCAUGAGUCAGACAACUUUUUCUCUUCAGAUUAUAAAGCUUGGCAUAAAAAUAA